CGGUCAUUGCGCGCGUAUCGACCGCCGUUCUCUAUUCAAAUUUAAAUUUCGAACGCGAUCGCGAAUUUUGUUUUUUAAUAUUUUUUUUUUAAUAAUGCAGUGACUAUUGACCACGGUCAUGUGUUGUUAAGAAGUGCCAGUGUCGUGAACAAGUCGUCUCGCUUGAUUGGACCAUGGAGUACUAAACGUUGUUGAAACGUUGUUGUGGGUACUUUGGUUUCAGGCACCGGUGCCUUUUGUCUAGCGGUUGCGUUGGUACAGUUAUGAUUAUUCCGACUUUCUAUGGAAAUAAACAUUGCGAAUAAAUACAGCCUUAGCAGAAACCAGCAGUGCAAUUACCAAUGACUUAUUUACAUAAAGUGAACGAUAACAAACUACACAAUGAGUAACAAGUGAAAACAAUUCGAUAUACUCCCUCUAAUUGAUCCGCUGGAAACGAAAAUGAAUCGCGAUUACUACAGAGUGAUGUACAGUAGCAGGAACUCGAACCGUCCCGUAGCCAACACUCGCGAUGUUCUCGACAACGAGACGGAGUUCAACGCGAAUCAGUUCAAACUUUACGACGACUUUACCACUGAUCUGCGUAUAAACUUUAAUUCCAUAAGAAAUUUUCACGAAGUCAUGAGACAUGAGAGACGCAGGGGUGAUCCCGACGACUCCGGCGUCGAUCUUGAGAAUGGGAACCCGCUGGAUUAUGUCACGUCCAAUGAUAGAGAUUUGUUGGAGAACGAAGUUAUGGUAGAUCCUUGGAGCAGUAUGGACUCAUCUAAUUCGCCAUUAACUGAUUCCGGACCAUCCGCUAGUGACGACUGCACACCUUCAACGUCGAGUGAAACACGAAAACCUCUCGGUGCGUCAUCUCCUGUGACGUCGGACACGCGCCGCAUUCCGGACCCAAAAGACACCAAACCAAGCCAAGCAAGAAAUAAAGUUACGACGAACGCAGACAAAGCGCGGGUCCGCGAUUUUACGCUAGACUUAGAUACACUAGAGCCUGACGCUAUCCCACGCCGUUCGCGUUUCCUCGACGAAGAUUUUCAACUUCAUUCCAAGACUAAUAUAGAAUGCCGAAUUCCUAAACCGCAUUUUCUCGAUCACUCACCCUCGCCUGAUGAAUUCGAUGAACGAAGUGAUAUUACAAAUCCCAACUUUCUAGAAGACGACGACGAUGACAGUCAAGCACAAAAGAAAAGUGGGGCACUUCCAAAAAGACAAACGAAAACGCAGUCUUCCUUGUAUACUUCAGAUGAAAAACCACAUAGGACAAGUUAUCGAAGCACCUUACAUUACGGGUUGGAGAGUGCAGCUAGAUCGAGUGAACGGCAUAAAAGAGCCUCUCAACUUUACACAGGGACCUGGCCAGGAGAACGCGACGUCUGGACAGGUCAUGAUUCAUCGAGCGUUCGAAGUUUCUCCAGUAACGGAUCCAGCGAUUAUCCACGGCCAUCAUCCAACUUAGAAAACAAAAUGGAGUGCGUGUGCUCCUUAAUUUCCCUGCUCAGUUUAUCUCCUGAAAAUAACGCUGAUUUGAGCGGCCCGUUACUUGAUAUGAGUCGUUCUGUGGAAAGUUGUAUAGCUAUGCGACAAGCUGGCUGUAUACCGUUAUUAGUUCAAUUAAUACAUUCAAAAGUCGCCAGAGAAACAAGAGAUCGCGCUGCAAAAGCGCUUCGAAAUAUCAUUCACACGCAAACAGACGACAAAGCAGGGAGACGAGAAGCGCGAGUAUGGCGGCUAUUGGAACAAGUUAGAGAAUAUUGUUACGUUUUAGAAGACAUUGUUGAAUCUAGGAAAGAGGGAAAAGAAGCGAUGGAAGAUGAUACAACGAAACAUCCGAGUCAAAGUGUAGCUGCCUUGAUGAAAUUGUCAUUUGAUGAAGAGCAUAGACACGUGGUGUGCCAACUAGGUGGCUUACAAGCGUUAGCAGCGCUAGUGAGCGGUGAUCAAGCAGCACAUGGAAGCAGAACUGAUGACAGCACAUGUUUAACCAUGAGAAAGUAUGCAGGCAUGACACUUACGAAUUUAACGUUUGGAGACGGAAAUAACAAGUCCUUAUUGUGUUCAUUCAAAGAAUUCAUGAUGGCGCUGGUCGAACAAUUAGAAUCGCCAAACGACGACAUGCGGCAGGUAACUGCAGCCGUCCUCAGAAAUCUAUCGUGGCGUGCAGAUACUAACAGUAAACAAGUUCUAAGAGAAGUCGGCGCAGUGAAAGGUCUCACAAAAGCCGCGAUGACUUGUCAGAAGGAAGCUACGCUCAAAUCUGUUCUUUCCGCGUUGUGGAACCUCACGGCGCACUGUUCUAUGAACAAAGUUGCUUUAUGUUCUGUCGACGGAGCUCUAGGCUUCCUCGUUGAUAUGCUUAGUUAUAACUCCCCCACCAAGACCUUAGCGAUAGUCGAGAACGCAGGUGGUAUCAUGCGGAAUGUGUCAAGUCACAUUGCCGUUCGCGAAGAUUACAGACAAAUUCUCCGCGAGAGAAAUUGUUUAAGUGUCCUCCUACAGCACCUGAAGUCGCCGAGUUUGACUGUAGUUAGCAACUCCUGUGGUACUUUAUGGAAUCUAUCUGCGAGAUGCCCUCAGGACCAACAAUUUCUAUGGGACCACGGGGCAGUGCCUAUGCUUCGAAGCCUCAUACAUUCCAAACAUAAAAUGAUAGCCAUGGGAUCAAGUGCUGCCCUCAAAAAUCUUUUGAAUUCGAAACCUGGCAAAACUCACAUCAUUUCUCUAGACACGACAGCGAGAAAUAUGAACUUACCGGCAUUACCUACCCUCGGUGCUAGAAAACAAAAAGCACUGGAACAAGAAUUAGACCAAAAUUUAGCUGAAACAUGCGACAACAUCGAACCUGCAACUUCUCCUAUGACAAGUAAUAGAGAAGAGAAGAAUCUUUUUGUAGCGACCGAGAGGCAAAUCGCUAUGAAUCUAGAAAGACAUAGAAUGACAUCUAGUUCACCUUUAAUGGGUUCUUUAGCGUCACAAAUAUCAUUAAGUCACAGUGCGCAUCUUGCAAGUUAUCUAAGUUGCAGCAAUACUUUAUUAAAAGGAGCUUUGAUAUCUCGGUCAGCGACGGGAGGCAGUUCGAGCAAUGUUAAUAGAUCAGAUAGCAAAGACUCCGUAACGAGUACACAUUCCGACUCAGUUUUCGAAAGGGUUAUGCGUACGGGUAAGGUGCCAGUACCGACGCCGAGGAAUAAAGAUCUUAUGAAAGUAGACAGCGCUGACGGUUUGAAAAACUCGAAAACACUAGCAAAGACUCCUACUUACCUGAGAUACGCCAAUCAACCGCCCAUCCCUCCUCCGCGCAGUACGACGGAUAUGAGAACUAAUUACACAGAAUCUGGUUAUGACGUCGACCAGGAUUCUUGCGACCAACCGAUAGAUUUUAGUAGAAAGUACUCAGAGACGAAGAAUGAAUCUGAGCCCGUCGAGAAAGUUGAAGGCAAAAAGUAUACAAAGAAGGAAAACGCAAACACAUUUGGCGAUUAUCAGGAGACGGAUCUCGAUCAACCAACUGACUACUCCCUUCGUUAUGCUGAACACCAAUCAGAAACUGGAUCAGAUAUAUCAGAGCCUCCAGGACCAUCUAUAAACGAAGACACUAUAAAACACUUCGCAACUGAAGGCACGCCAUACGAAACGCCUAUAAUCUUUUCCACGGCAACUUCUAUGUCCGAUUUACGCAUUAUCGGUAAAGACGGAAAACCCAAAACAUCGAACGUAAAAGAGCAUCCUGAAGCUAUGACACAUUCUGACGAAAAGGACACGUGUUCUAUAGAAGAGCCGCCGGGCCACGAUAACGAUAGGGCGAUUUCAACGCCGCAAACAUCAGUACCAGUUGUGGAGAAACAAGAGAUAUUUGACACCAAAUUUAGUUCAGGAAUGAUCAGUCCUGAAAAGCCCGUGAAUUACUGUGAUGAAGGCACGCCUGGUUAUUUCUCCAGAGUUAGUUCUUUGAGUAGUUUAGGAGAGCCGACGGAGGAAGACUGUUUGGCCAAGAAGAAUGCUCAAGCAACUAUUAAUGUGGAUCCAACGCCAGAAGAUCUUAGUACGAGCACACCUGGAAAAGAUAAAGAAGGUUCAAAAGCGGUAACAUUCGCAACGGAGCCCGUACAAGAGGUGCAAGACGCGUCGGGCAUGACGUCCGCCCGCACAGGCUCCCCGCAGCGCUUCAUAGAGGACACGCCGCUCAUGUUCUCGCGCUCGAGCUCGCUCGGCUCGCUGCCCGAGUGCGAGCAGCAGGACGACCAGGGAUCCAUCGUGUCGGAAGUCAGUCGUCUAACGUCCGGCUGCAUAUCGCCGAGCGAAAUCCCGGAUUCUCCAGGACAAAGUGUGCCUUUGUCUCCACGCUCACGUCACCGCCCCGAGCCAGUAACUGAGCCGCAUACGCCGCCACCGGAAGACCGGCAAGUGUCGGUGUUCGAGGAGCGAGUGUCUCAGUUCGUGGUCGAGAACACUCCCGCGCACUUCUCGCGGAACACGAGCCUCUCCAGUCUCACCAUCAACGAUGAGCCCAAUAAACCGUUGGCUGACACGUCGAAUCCCGAACUGGACAUGUCGCCGGGUGCCGAAGUGGAAGAGUUCGAACAUGACAGGGAUCCUGGUCCAUUACCGGAUGCCAAUGACCUAAAUAAACCGAUGAAAGACACGCCGCAGUCAGCAGAGUCUCCGCGCGUGUACUGCACGGAGGACACGCCGGCUCCACGCUCGCCCUCCGCCCUGUCCGCGCUCUCCGCGGGGGACAGCUCCAGCGACGCGGGCGAGCUGCUCGCCGAGUGCAUACAGAAGGGCAUCGCGCAGGUGGUUAAAAACAAAGGACCGCCAUCCGAGGUGUCGCCUGUUAAUAUGCACACAACUCGUGAUGAGGUUUACCAUUCGCUGCCAUCGUACCUACGUUCGUCCACAGAGACGGUCAUGAUGUCACACGACCUGCCAAGGACUAUUCGUGAUAGCGUAAGUCCAGGUUGUCCCCCGCCCCUGCCGCCCAAGAUGGCGCCCAACGCACCGCCGCGACCGCCCGCACACAGCGCACAAGCUGUUGACGAACACCGAGACGAUAUACCUCAUGACAAGCCAACCAGCGUGCUGCGCAGCAAACCCAAGCUGCCCGCAACUUCCAACCUCGCGCGAAACGAUUCUCUCAGUUCACUCAGUUUAGAUUCCUUCGGCUCCACCGAUAGAGAAAUAUUCGAAGAAACUGUUAAAGCUGGACUCUCCAGUGUCAACCCGAGAGCACAAUACACACUAGACAACAAGGAAAAAGCGCAUUCCGUCGAAAGACCCUCAGAAUUCUCGCGACAUUCCAGACACCACAAAUCUUUGGAUAGAAGCGACAAAAUUGCGCAUAACAAGUCGAAGAUCAAAGAUCCAGAAUUUGAGAGGAAUCUUGCGUCUGGCGUGUACAGCAUCAAGCAGUCGAGCAAAGUGAAGAGACUGGACCAGGAGCUCGCGAUGAACAGGUCGCCGUACUUCGGAGAAAGUUCUGGACUAACGCGGCAAAGGCUCUCCAGGUAUUACGAUGAGGGUCCACCAAGCUUACCUGCUAGGAUGGAUGAUAGAAGAUUGGAUAGAAGUAACUCCCUAAGUUCAUUGAGUAACGAUUCCUUCGGUUCCACGGAUAAGGAAGUGUUCGAGAGAUGCGUGCGCAUGGGCAUGGCGAAACCGACCAAGAAACGGGACGAAAAACUGCGCGUACGCAGCGACGAUCGCCUCGAAGUGCGGGAAUCUCGACGUAGAGUAAAGAAAGAGAAAACACAAGGCGCGUUAGACAAAAUGGUCGGAGAAGAAUAUUCGAAAGAUCGCGCUAUUUUGGAAGAGGUCAUCGCUCGCGGGGCAGGUGAGUUGAAGGGAAAGGAGAGUCAGAGUCAGAGUGCGGGGCAGAGUCAGAAUCAGUCAAAAAACGUCCCGGCGCCGUCUGCGGUUCUCGCGGCCGCAGGCGCGCGCGCACACACCGCGCGAGACACUGGCUCUGACGAAACUGAUGUGAUCCCCAAGCACAACGAGCUGCCCACGAUAGACUCGGGGAAUAUCACCGUAGAGUCGAUAGAGUGCGACAUCGACCGCUCCAACGAGUGCCUCGCGCCCAACACCGUUGACACAACCAUAGAGACGGAGAAGGACGAGCUGAACCGCUCCAACGAGUCGUACGCAGAUGUGCUCGACGGCUCCUGGAGCGAUGACUCCCACAGGGAGUGCGAUACGAGCACGCUCACACGCAAGAACCGGCGUCAGUUCGAGUGGACCGACAUCAAGUGUGACGGGGACAAACAUGAGGAAGUGUCCAAGCAUGACACGUGGAACGAUAACACGUGUCCCGAUGACGUCACCUUCCCCACUAUAAGCGGGUCCGUACACCUGGUAUCGUCGAUAAAAAGCGAAAUAGGCGAUAUGGCCACCGCUUUACCUGAUCUAUUGGAGAAAAGCGAUGUUCCCAAUCUAUUCUCGAGACCCGAUUUGACGGAUAAACUCGAUGGAGUCGAAAGCGAUGACGCUAAAAGUGAUAAAAUACUACUAGACGAUAUCCCGACACCUAGUUUCACAUCGCUCAUAGAUGACGGGGAACAGAGGUUCGAUUCUUUAAUGGCGUCCGCCAUUGAAAAAGAAGCGGCUAGAUUGGCUGCGCAAUUGAAGAUUACCAUGGAAAAUAGUGCCACAUCGCUAACUUCUAUAGAUUUAGACAAUGUUAAACCGCCAUCUAAUUUAGGCAGCUUGUUAUCACUGAGCGCCUCAGGCCAGUGGGACGAAUCGACCGCACAGACGGCGAAGAAGUGUCAGAAAAGCAGAAAGAAAUCCUUGCCCGUGACUUCUAUGGUUAAACGAGCACUCAGCAAUUCACACCAUCAAGGCAGCUCCGAACACCUCGAUAGCAACCCAGUUAGUUUUCUGGAUAACAUCAAACCGCCUUCAGAAAUGGAAAACCUCGACAUGGAAGGAAGCAUGAUAUCCGUGUCGAGUAUCGUAUCAGAAGUCGCAGAUUCAAAGGAAAAAACAACAGUGGUUUUCGACUUCAAACAACCCGUGCAAGAUUUCCCUCUGUGCACGACGUUUACAAACGUCUUCCACGAUUUAGACAAAGUUAACCCGCCAUCUCUGUUCGAUGAGAUGGUGGAGUCUACUCUAGAGUUGGAACAGACGACGGCACAACAAGUGUACGAUGACUGUGAAUCUACGCUCAACGUAGUCACCGAUUUGCCCUCAGGAUCCGAAAAUUGCACUCCCAUACCGUCAGAUAUGAGCAGUGUCGAAUCGACACCAAAGAGACAGCGAGACGCCAAGUAUUUAACGCCAAAAGAAAAACGUAAUGCAGCUAAAAAUAGAUAUCAAACGUAUACAAUAAAAGAUACGGUCUCACAGAAUGACGUAACGAUGGAUAUAGAGGAAUCUGAAGAAUUCUUGACGUGGACGAAAUCUGAGAGCGAUCGGUCGGAUGAAUAUGUGACAGCCAACUCUGAAUCGAGAUCUAAGAAACGUGUGAGCGCGAAACAACGGCGGUUAGAGGACAGAGCUAGGUACCAAACUCAAACCGUUGAUAUUCACAACAUACUCACACAAGAGGCACCGACAGCAGCCGCCCCUGAUCCACAUUUAGAGAGUUUAAAACAACGUCUAGCUGCUAAAAAGACGAUAAAACAAAAACGUAUUGAAGACGCGGAGAGAUUUAGAACGCGAACGUUAAGUGAAGACAUUCCACCUUCACCCACGUUCGUUACUAAAGACGCAAACUUUGAAAAUGUCGAAACCACCACCGGUUACGAUAGUUUAUCAUCGAAUGAACCAAAUCAUCAACAAAUUUUAGAUGAAAGACAAAACGAUGAUGUUUUUAGGGACGUAGAUAGCGGACAUAAUGAAGAUGACUUCGAAUUGAAUUCGACGCAAUUAAAAACGUAUACUAAGAGCUUUAGAAACUAUUUACCGGUAGUAGAGAGCCCGACUUCAGUAGAUAUGUGUGUAGUGAAUAAUUUAAAAAAUAUAGAAAUGACAGCGUCAUACAGACGCGAGUUACAAAGCGAUAAAAAUCUAAAUCCCAGCACUAGUGACUUUGCAAGCUACGAAGGUGACAGUAAUUCUGAAGACAAGGCUCACUCAGAGUCCGACACAGAAGUACACUUAACUCCGCCGAAACCAAAAAUAGUCAAACCUGAAUAUAAAAGGGACAAUAGUUUAGAUUCAAAUGAGUCUGGUGAGAAGGAAAUAGAGGCUCCUAAACCUGUGAGAGGGAGAAAAAAGGCAGCUUAUGUAUCCCCGUACAGGCGAAACACGCCUGCCGCUAAAAAACCAGCAACACCUCAAGUUAAAGCUAUUCCAAAAACUAGUACAGUUAAACCUUCCACAUCUAAAACGAAUCUUUAUACGAAACCAAUCAAAACUCCGCCUAAAGCAACCAGUGCUAACUCAUCUCCUAAGAAAACUGCCCCCAGUAAGCCUCCCACAAAAACAUCACAGAAAACAAUAGCUAUCCCAGCACCUACCAGCUCUAAACCUUUACCUCUAGUCCGACAAGGCACGUUUACUAAAGAAGAAAGUUCAGUUCCACCUAAAAACCUUCCAGUGCCAGAAACUAAAAUAGCUGCUCCACGUGGUAGCGCUACUUCCCCAGUUAAAUCUCUAGCAAAUACGUCACCAUCUAGAUUACCGCAGUUCAGUAGAAACAGACCGCCGAUGGCGAAAACAACUAAUCAACCGAAACAAACCAAAACGUCAGCGAGACGUUCCUCUGAAUCUGCCAUGAAGAAUUCCCCAUCAAACCACAGCUUGCAAAGCAACGAUAGUGGCAAGACAAUAGUUUUAGCGCGAGGCUCCCGUCAGGGCAGUACGUCAAGCGUCAACUCAAUCUCGUCGCCCAAAUCAAAAGACGUCGAAAGCAAAAUUGCGAAUCUGUGGAAGAAAGCUGAACAAACGAAAAAGUUGCCCGCAAAGAGAGUCUGGAUCGAAAGCGACAAAACUGAAACUCCAAAAUUGAUCAGAAGUUCCACUUUCGAAGGGCAGCCGAAGCAAGCUGUAACGACGGCCACUAAACAGAAGUCGGCUAUUGGAAUUAGAGUAUCUCAAAUACCCAGCCUCAGACCCAAAUCCAUUCCGGCCCCGAAAGCAACGGGCAGUGCGAAAAAACCGGCGCUAACGAGAGUAUUUGUGAGAAAACCGAGCGGUCAAGUGACGUCUUGAAUCCACAUUCAAGUACAAGACGUGAAUAAUCGAAUUAUUUGCCGUCCCAGUUUUGACGAAUUAUUUAACCCGAGAACGUCGUUUGGACGGUGAUGACCGCCGGUAUUUUAGUGCAAUAAUUAUGUCUCAAUUGACGGAAAAGACUACUUAUUUAGAAUAGAUAUUUUUAUUGUAUCAAUAAUCGACACAGAAUACAUUACGCAAUUUACGAUUGCUGAUAAUUAUUUGAAACGAUCGCUAUAGAUUUAUCUUGAACUUGUAUCGUUUUUCACAUGUUGAUUUAUAAACUUUAUUUAUAUGUAUAUCUGUUGCAUUUAUUCAAGUAGUAAUUUCAGAAACAUAGAUGGUAGUUUUAAGUUUAAGUCAAUAAGUAAGCGUAACAAUAUUCACAGAAGUUGUUGUUUUCCAACUACCAAAUAUAUUCCAAUAUUAUGAGCAUUCAAAGUUUUCGAAAGAAUCACAAUUUUGCGGUAUAACAUGAGCUUAUUUUCCGCUAAAAUGUCUACAGUACUUCCUCAUCGUGUACAUAAUUCGCUUCACACAUCCUAGUUAAGGUUACCAUUUUACAUAUUUGUAUAUUUUUCAUAAUUACUCAUAAUAAUAAUGUAAGAAGGUCACAUCGUAUCGGAGUAAAAAUGUCGACAUAUUGAUGUAUGUCCAAUUUUUUACGUCUAGUCAGUUUGUUAGUUAAGCGAGGGUAGUUUGGAAUUGGCUUAUGAAUUUUUGUAAAACGAUGCAUUUUUGUAUUUGGUGUAUGAUUUUCUAACAUGCUGUUCGCAGGAGUGCUUUAGAAUAUAACAGGAUGCUUUUUAUAAAAAAUGGAAUGGUUUAUGAAUGGCCUCGCUUCAAAAUUUUUACCAAAUGUCAAUUUUGAAAUAAAAACUGUUUAUCCACUAAUAUACAUAGAUUGAAAUAUCCAUGUAAUUCCAUGGUCUAGUACUGAUUUCUGUAUUAUUAGAAUUUUUAUAAAUUAGCUUUUUUUGGCUUUGUUAGUUUUGUUUUGUCAGACGUAGGGGUUUACAUUAUAUAAAGCCAGUUUAGCUAAAUAUAUAGAUGUAAGAUGCGUAUUCGAUGGUAAUAAAUCAAACUUAAAUUCAA